AUGGCGAUGGAAACUAAUGUUGGUGAUGGCAAUGGUAAUGAUCUUAAGAAGAGGGGAUGUGGUUGCAGCAAGCAAGAUUUCUUACCAGAAGAGUCAUUUCAGAGUUGGACAAGCUAUGUCAAUGCAUUGUCCAACACAAAAUCUAGGCUCAGAGACCGUCUGCUGGCACGUUCCAUGGACCACGUAGAGCUGCAUGAAAUGCGUGCUCGUAGCCAGCAUGAAAUGAAGAAAACCCUGACCUGGUGGGAUCUCAUUUGGUUCGGCAUAGGAGCUGUGAUGGGUACUGGGAUAUAUGUCCUCACCGGUGAAGCUGCCAGGAACUACUCCGGACCUGCUGUCGUGGUUUCUUAUUUUAUUUCAGGUAUAACUGCAUUGCUUUCAGUUCUGUGCUACACUGAAUUCGCCAUCGAAUUGCCUGUUGCCGGCAGCUCUUUCACGUAUCUCAGAGUGGAGCUUGGUGAUUUCAUUGCUUACGUUGCAGCUGGAAACAUUCUCUUUGAGUAUGUGGUAGCUGGUGCUAGUGUGGCAAGGUCCUGGACUUCUUAUCUCGCUACUCUGUUCAACCAUGAUCCCAACAGUUUCCGCUUUCAUGUUUCAUCCUUUUCUGAAGAUUACAGCCAUUUAGACCCCAUCGCAGUUGCUAUUUCAGUAGUCAUAUGCAUUGCCGCAGGUAUAAGCAUGACAGGGUCAGCCAGGUUUAACUCUGCCGCCACCAUUGUCCAGCUGGUAGUCAUCCUUUUCAUCCUCGUCGUUGGUUUAACCAAGGCUGACCCCAACAAUUACUCCGACUUCGCCCCAAAUGGGAUCCCUGGCAUUUUGAAAGCUUCCUCGAUUCUCUUCUUUGCUUACGUGGGGUUCGAUGGAGUGGCAACCCUUGGAGAAGAGAUCAAAAACCCUGGUCGAGAUAUACCCAUCGGCCUAAUCUGCUCCAUGUUGGUUAUCAUAACGGCGAACUGCCUUCUCGCAGCCACACUGUGCUUGAUGCAGCCAUACUCCCAGAUCGAUGUCAAUGCACCAUUUACACUGGCGUUCAAAGCCGUAGGCUUGAAAUGGGCCAACUACAUUGUUGCGUUUGGUGCAUUGAAAGGCAUGACCACGGUUUUGUUAGCCAACUUGGUUGGCCAAUCUCGCUAUUUCACCCACAUCGGUCGUACCCACAUGGCACCACCGUUCCUUGCACACAUCAAUGAGAGGACGGGAACACCGGUUAACGCUACGAUCAUGAUGACCAUCUUGAAUUCCAUUGUGGCAUUCUUCACCAGCCUUGAAGUGUUGGCAAACCUCCUUUCCUUAGCCACAUUGAUUAUCUUCUCAAUGGUUGCAUUGGCUCUCCUCGUUAGACGUUACUAUGCCAAAGGUGAGACGACAAGCUCUGACAGAAACAAGCUCGUCGGGUUCCUGGUCCUGAUCUUGGCAUCCUCGGUUGCUAAUGCAGUGUACUGGGCCGUAGGCAAGAAUGGGUGGAUCGGCUAUGUAGUGACUGUCCCAGUUUGGUUCUUGGCAACGCUUGGGCUAAAAUUGCUGGUGAAGGAAGCGAAGAAACCCAAGCUGUGGGGGGUGCCGUUGGUUCCAUGGUUGCCAUCAGCUUCUGUUGCCAUUAAUGUGUUCAUCAUGGCCUCAAUCGACGGGGCUUCUUUCGUGAGAUUUGGGGUAUGGACGUUGGUCUUGCUCGUCUAUUACAUUUUCAUUGCACUCCACGCUUCGUAUGAUGCAGCCAAGGAGUUUGAGGAAACAAGAGCCACCGCAACAAACCUUGAGGUUGGACAGCUUUAG